AUGUCAAACGACAUUGAACUGUUGCUGAAGAUCUCCUGCUACCUCCUCCUUGCUCUGCUGAUCCAAAUCACGAGCUACGGAAGUGCCAAUAAGAGACGAGUGCACUUGAAGAUCCUCGUGCCAGACAUCAUCAAGCACCACAUUCACACGAAGGUGGUGUUCGUGCAUCUGCACAAGCCAGCAUCCAAAAAGCCAAAGACCAACCACAAGGAGCAUCACCAGGAGAACUGGAGCUCCUGGAGUUAUGGUCGUCACCAUGAUUACAACGACGAGCACGAGUACGAGCACUCAGACGAUCACGAGGAUCAACAUGAUCGCGAAAAGGUGGAAACAGAGAAGCCUCAGACUCACAAAAUCCGACAGAAGCUUCCUUCGUACCACAAAGAUUCCUAUUUUCCACAAUCGUACGUCGAGGAUAACAACGUGGAGCCUAAUCCUGGUCGGCAGCAUGGUCAGUACGCCGUUCACGAGGACGUGAACGACAUUCCUCCUAACAGGGAAGUUUUGUCUUACAAUUACGAGGAAGGGUACAAGAAGGGUUUAGAGACUGAGAGUGGACAUAUUCGAACUGGACAGACGAACAAGUUUCACGAGGAUCAGCACGAGGAACAGGAUGAAGCUGGGCACGAUGGAUUCAGGGAGGAUUUCCACGAGAAAACCGACGCUGGAAGAUACCUGGUCGACGACGUGGAGUACGAAAAUACUAGGGACAAACGGGAGGGAGGUCGAAGACUUCGACGAAUUAAAGGGGCGUAGAUUUUUGGAAAAUCAAAUGUGUAUAUAGCUUUGUAGAUAAAUAUUUUAAUUAUCGCGAGUGUCAACCUUUUCAGGGACGAGUUUAUACUUAUCGAUACGCGUUAUCUUUAUAAUAUUUGAAAGAUGAACAAGAUAAUGAUAUUGAUAUAAAAAGAAAGUAUGGUUUACGAACACUUUUCUUUUGUUUAAAAUAUUAUCGAUAUAUAGUAGAUUUUAGGCAUUUAUGACGCUUGCUAUU